CAUAUUGGUUUUAUUUUGUAGACAUAUUGCUUCCGGUUUUUAUUCGCGUUUAUUCGCCAUAUUGAAUUGAAUAUAUACAAGAAACGUUUUUCAGAUAACAAAUCAAGAUGGGAAGAAAGAAGAAGAAGCAGUUGAAGCCUUGGUGCUGGUAUUGUAACAGAGAAUUUGAUGAUGAAAAAAUCCUAAUUCAGCAUCAGAAAGCAAAACAUUUCAAAUGUCAUAUAUGUCACAAAAAGCUUUACACUGGACCGGGUCUUUCCAUUCAUUGUAUGCAGGUUCAUAAAGAAAAAAUAGACAAAGUGCCAAAUUCCCUGCCAGGGAGAAAUAAUUGUGAAAUAGAAAUUUAUGGAAUGGAAGGAAUACCAGAGGAAGAUGUUAAAGCACAUGAGAAACAAAAACAAGGAAGUGACGAGCCUCCCAACAAGCGGAUGAAGGACGACACAGAUAGCAAUGAUGGAAUGGCAGGUCCUUCAGGCAGUCAAAAUAAUCAGAUUCCACCACCAUUUGGUAUGAACAGAAUGCCAAUGCCCCCUGGUAAUAUGCCCUAUGGCAUGCCUCCAAUGCCCCCCAUGGGACCACCAGGUCCUAUGGGGCCUGGUCCAAUGAUGGGACCCAUGGGUCCUAUGGGGCCAAUGGGACCUAUGCCACCAAUGGGACCUAUGGGGCCAAUGGGCAUGCCACCCAUGCCAGGAAUGCCACCACGCCCUAAUUAUAUGCAGAAUGGUCCCCCAGUCUCAAUGCCGGGGUCUAAUCCCAUGAGUACACAAAGUGGACCUUCAAAGCCUUUGUUUCCCUCAGCACAGUCCUCCUCAGCGACGAUAUCAGCCCCGCCCACAGCUAACUUCAAGGCUGGAUCCUCCACUGCCCCUGUCAAGCCGACAUUCCCCUCAGCAGCGGCGGCCUUGUCCAACAACUCUCCAGUCCACAGCAGUGCUACCAUCACUGGGGCACCACAGAUCAAGAAACCAGAGUCUAGUUCAGGUUUGACAUCCAAACUCAUUCACCCAGAGGAAGACAUCUCCUUGGAAGAGAAGAGAGCCAUGAUGCCCAAAUACAGGAGAGGUAUGGGAAACAUGAACCAGGGGCCAGGACGGCCACCAGCAUCGAAUAUGAUGGGAGGUAUGGGCAAUGGUAGUGGGGGAUCCAAUAUGUAUGGGAGUGGAAUGUCAUAUCAGGGACAGAGCGGUUACAGACCACCAAUGACAAGUCGACAGUACUGAUAGCAGAUGACAAGUGGACAGUACUGACAGCAGAGCUGGAGGCUUAUCAAUUGUUUUACAAAUGUGUUUCACUCAGCUAAGUCUGAUUUUAUGAUGUUGUGAUAGUAGAUGUACACUAUCAAAAGAUCAAUCUCAUUGAGUAAAAUUCUAAGGUGGAAUUUUAUUGUGUUUUAUGAGUGAAAUGAUUGUAUUUUGUAGAUGUAAAUGAUGUCCUUUUACUUAUAUUUAAAAAUAAAGUUCUUGAGUAUCAAGGUAAGAAACUAAAAGAUCAAUAGGCAUUGUGUAGAAAACAGAUUUAAAAACUUGGUAAGUGUGAUAAAUACUUUCUUUUUAAAAAAACAUGUACUGCAUUGAAUGUUCAUCAUACAAUUGUCAUCUACAUUUUUAUACAAAUAAAUGUGGCAUAUUAUG